CGCAAAAUAGCCAAUUGUAGGCCAAGUGUGUUAUUUUUAAUAACGCAUGCCCGCAUAGAACACGGCGUCUGUCUGUGGCCGUUGACCCUUGUUGUUGAGUUAACCAUCGUGGAUGUUCAAUGUACCAUCGAAAAGCAUCAAGUUACUAAACUUUAUCUGCAGUUUUUUUCAUUCAUUUUAUUGAACCGCAUCGUCUUUUUUCGGUCGAGUUUUGUGAGACGACUCUCGUGCGUUAUGGGUACAUAACGCACGCUUCGUAACGAUUUUGUUUUAAUCGUAUUAAAAGUUUGAUAACCAAGUAUGUAGUGUGAAAACAAAGAAGAAUUCAGAAAAAGUAAAGAUUAGUGUUAAACCAAGUUUUUAUCAGCUGAUAAUCAUGGCUGAAAUAUACUUUGAAGAAUCAACCAUCAAGUUGGAAAGUACUACUUCUUCAAGUGAAGACGAUGAUGAGGUAGUUGCACAAGAUGAUGAUCCUAAAGAUACAAAUGAAAAAGGAUUUCAUGACUUACCUGCUAAAUCAAAGCAAAAGUAUGAGGCAACAUACAAGAAAUUCAUGGAGUGGAAAGUACAAAAGGGUUACACCGACUUUACAUCGCAUGUGCUUCUCACAUACUUUAAAGAAAUGUCAGAAAAAUUUAAAGCGACUAGUUUAUGGGCAACUUAUUCAAUGCUAAGAAGUGUGAUACUGACCAAACACAAUGUGAAUAUACAUGACUUUUCACCAUUGUUAGAAUUUUUAAAGACUAACUCUAAGGGCUACGUUCCUAAGAAAGCAGAGAUUCUUGAACCAGAACACAUUAGAAGAUUUUUAACUGAUGCUCCAGAUGAUAAAUAUUUGGUUGUUAAGGUAGCACUCGUGAUCGGAAUAAUCGGUGCCUGCCGACGCGAGGAGCUGACGAAUCUCACUAUCAACGACGUCGAAGACCACGACACGAUGCUGUUCAUCAAGAUCGAAAAAACGAACUCACAGAUACAGCGUACCUUCACGAUAACUUCCGAGUUCUACCUCAUGUGCAAGAAGUACAUGAAACUGAGGCCGGAAAAUCCCUGCACCACCAGAUUUUUCCUGAACUAUCACAACGGCGCCUGCACGAGGCAGCCGAUCGGCAUCAACAAAUUCGGCUCGAUGCCAAAGGAGAUCGCCAAAUUUCUGUGCCUGCCGAACCCCGAGCUCUACACGGGCCACGCUUUCCGACGCACUUCGGCCGUACUGCUUAACGAUGCCGGAACCGGCAUCACGACGCGCGAGCUCAGCAGGUUCGGUUGUUUCAGUCCUCGUUUGGAGUACCUGCUGCAAAGAGCGGAGCCCGAUAAGCAGGGAUCCGCCUCCGGCAAGAAUUCGAAACAUCUGAACCAGGAGACGAUUUCGCGCCUGGACCAGCAGAAUUUGAAGCGAAUGAGAACCUUUCCGUCGCCGGCGACGCUAUUGGCCAAUAAAAUUCCACGACUUCAAAAGUCUUCUACUACAAAUACACACGGCGCUUCCAAUAAAGUUCAGGAGACUUCAAAAAAGUCUUAUGGCAGUGAUCCACCGUCUUGGUUCACCAAAGCAAUGGACGAAAUGAAAGGGCUCAUCGCGGAAACGAGGCGAGAAUUUAAUGCACGAAUCGAUCAUCUUCAAAACUGUGUGGAUGCACUGCUACCUAAUAAUAUGGAAGGUCAACAUGAAAUUGUAAUGCCAGAAUCGAAAUUCGAUCCAUUAGAAAUAAAUCUGCCCGAUACAGACUUGGAGUUUUCGUGAACAGUUGCCUCUUGACGCUCAAGAAAACAAAUGUAUAAAUAUAUGGUUCAAAACGUUGUAAAUUCAACGUUAAUGGUAGUCAUUAGCUAUAAAAAUUAAAAAAGUUCUCUUUAUUUUUUAUUUUAAGGACAAAACUUAGUUUUUAAACAAAUGUGAACCCAUGAUCUCUAUAAAUUUGUUGUAUCGUGUUAUGCUAUCUUGUUAAAAAGUAUUGCAGUAUUUAUGGAUAUAUUGUACGAAAUAAAGCUAGUUCAAACAAUAACUUUCAAUGUAUGCAGUAAUUUUGUAAUUUUGUAAUUAUAAAGUUUAUAUAAAUUUAA